AUGAAUCGACCUCAGCAACGAGACCCUGAUUCAACGGACUCCUACACGGUAGCAUGGAUCUGUGCUCUAGAAGAAGAAUAUUUCUGUGCAUGCCGUAUGCUCGACGAAGAAUUCCCCGGGCCAGAGAUCAGCGAAAACAAUGAUGAUAACACGUACGCCUAUGGUCGUAUUGAGAAGCAUUACGUGGUGAUUGGUUGUCUUCCAGCCGGUCGGUAUGGCACCAAUUCAGCUGCCUGUGUUGCCCGAGAUAUGGUUCGAACGUUCCCACAUCUACGGUUCGCACUAAUGGUGGGAAUCGGAGGCGGCGCUCCGACCGCCCGAAAUGACAUCCGCUUAGGGGACGUUGUUGUGAGUCAACCAAGAGAUGGAUUCGGCGGAGUGAUACAAUAUGAUCUAGGCAAGUUCAAAGAUGGUCGGUUUCACAGGACAGGUCAACUCAACGCGCCGCCGGAGAAACUUUUAGGAGUAAUUACAGAGAUGCGUCGACUAUUCAGUGAUAAAAGGAAGCCAGACAGACUAGCGGAACAUCUUCAGCGUCUCGAUGAUAUGGAAGAUUAUCAACGACCAGCUGUUGACCGGCUUUAUGCUACAAACUAUCCCCAUAUGGACAGACCAACUUGCGACGGCUGUGACUUUAUCUCGGUAGUGGACCGGCCAGAGCGCCGGAACCACCGUUUACUAUAUGUUCACUACGGGACUAUCGCGUCAGGAAAUUCAGUUCUCAAGGAUGCCAUUGUACGGGAUACAUAUGCGGAAGACCCGGAGCUGAACAUUCUCUGCUUUGAGAUGGAAGCCGCGGGUCUGAUGAAUAAUGUCCCAUGUCUGGUAGUUCGUGGAAUCUGCGAUUACUGCGACUCUCACAAGAAUGACGACUGGCAUAAGUAUGCGGCGCUCGCUGCUGCUGCGUAUGCACGAGAGUUACUUCUGGUUUUGCGGCCCCAGCGUGUUGAUACCAUGCUUCCUUGGGCCGAGCGUGUUACUCAAGAACUCCAACAAGGUUAG